AUGGUCUCACUUAAUAACACCCUAUUUCAUCCCUAUUCUUUCUUCCUUCUGGGGAUCCCUGGGCUGGAGCACAUACAUACCUGGAUGGGUUUCCCUUUCUUUGUUGUGUACUUGAUAGCUGUUCUUGGCAAUAUCAGCAUCCUUUCUGUGAUUGAAACUGAUAGCAGCCUCCACCAGCCCAUGUUCUACUUCCUGGCCAUUCUGUCAUCUAUCGACCUGGGCCUCUCCACAUCCACCAUCCCCAAGAUGCUUGGCAUCUUCUGGUUCAGGCUGAGAGAAAUCUCCUUUGAGGGAUGUCUCAUCCAAAUGUUCUUCAUCCACUUAUGCACUGGCAUGGAGUCAGCUGUGCUCGUGGCCAUGGCCUAUGAUCGCUAUGUGGCCAUCUGUAACCCUCUUCAGUACACUCUGGUGCUGACGAACAAGGUGGUAUUCAUCAUUGCAUUGGUAAUUCUACUGAGGCCUUUGUCUUUUGCCAUACCUUUUGUUCUCCUCAUCCUUCGGUUACCAUUUUGUGGACACCAACUUAUCCCUCACACUUAUUGUGAACACAUGGGCAUUGCCCGCCUGUCCUGUGCCAGCAUCAGGGUCAACAUCAUCUAUGGCUUAUGUGCCAUCUCUAUCCUGGUGUUUGACAUCAUAGCCAUUGUCAUUUCCUAUGUCCACAUCCUUCGUGCUGUCUUUCGACUGCCUUCUCAUGAUGCCCGGCUCAUGAGCACCUGUGGCUCUCAUGUGUGUGUCAUGUUGGCUUUCUACACCCCUGCAUUUUUUUCAUUUAUGACCCACAGGUUUGGCCAGAAUAUACCACGUUAUAUCCACAUCCUCUUGGCUAAUUUCUAUGUAGUCAUUCCACCUGCUCUCAACCCUGUAAUCUAUGGCAUCAGAACUAAACAUAUUAGAGAACAGGUGCUGAAAGUAUUUUCCAAGAAAAAAACAUAA